ACGAAACCCCUUGAAGCUCCCCCAGCAAUUCUAGAGAGAGAGAGGUUCAAUGAUGCCGGAUGUUCUAGCGAAGGGCAGGGCUUCCUGCUACAAGGCCCGUGACGCUUUCUAUGCUUGCUUAGAGAAGGAAUCCGACAAAAAGCCCACCGAGAUCGCCACCGUCGGUCUCCUCUACCCCUCGGAGUGCAAGAAAUCUAGGGCUGAGUUCGUCAACCGAUGCCGGCCCACUUGGGUGAAGCAUUUUGAUCGGCAGUAUUGUGCGAGGAGGAGGGUUCAGAGGCUUUUGGACAGCGACGGGUCGCGACGAGGUCCGCUUUCGAUUCCAGAGUCUUCAAACCCUAAACCCUAAUUCAUAUCCUUCAAGCGAUGGGACAAGGUUGGUUGGAGGUUAGCUCAGUUCUGCAUGCUUCACAGGAAGAGUAACCAUGCUGCUUCGCUUUCAUAAAAUCUUCAGUGGAUGGUUUCAUUCAAUAACUGAGUAUGUAAUUUAAUCGUGGAGUCGGGUCCAUAUUGUUGUGACAGAUUCGGUUUAGUCGGUAUAUUUUGUGACGAAUUUGGUUCUGAUAUCCAUGAUCAGUUAUUGAGCAGUGAACACCACCUAGUGAAGUGGAAGUAUUGAAUGUUUGAGUUGUGGUCUUAUGAAAGAAACAAAAGGAUAUAUCUCAUGUUUCAUAGUAACGCGUAGAAUCACGUGAGUUAAUGUGCAGCUUGUGCCAGUGAUUUCUUUGGUCCGUUCCAGGAUAUCUCAAGUUUCAAACACAAACAUUCCAUAUUUUCAUAGAGCUUUGAGAUGCAAUUGAAGUAGAGAGGCCUGAGUAUGGACGUCACUGUUCUUAUUGAGGCUCUUGACAGUUUCACGAAGGCAUCGUGUCACUGGAGUUUCAACCGUUGGUUCGAGAACUUGUAAGGUUGUUUUCGAGGGUUCUUCUCGUCGGAGCAUCUGCAAUCCAAACCAUGCCAUGGCCAUGGAUUAGUGCUAAAGACAACAGAAAGAAGAAGGAAGUGUUGAGGAAAUUAGAUUCAUAAUUUACUUGAAUGUUUGUUUGCGAUUUCGUUUCUUUUCUUUUAAUCGAGGAAGAUGUUUAAAGGUUUAGUUAUAGAUACGUCUUCUGUACGAUAGAGAUUGGGCACUUAUUAUCUCUAAAAAUUUUUUAUCAGCA